AUGUCGGACAAACAGAGCAGCCAAGAGUCGCAGAGGAAACCGAGCGCCAGCAAGAACCUCAAGAAGCAGUGGGUGACGGACAAUGAGAUAAAGCCAGCAGGUGAACCCAGUGGUUGGGCUCCUUCCACACUGGGGGGACCGACUGAGGAGCCCAGGAAGACGUGGGUCCCCAAGACACCUCCUGCCGCUCAAAUACAACCAACAGAGGGGUCUCAAGUGGAUGCAUCUACUUCUGGAGAGGCUGAAAAGACAUCAGCUCCUCAGAAGAAGAUCGAGGAGCCACCGGUUACCUCUGCAACCAAGACGAAGCAGGUGGUGAAGACGGUGACCAGCAGCGUUCAGGAGAAAGGUGCAGGCGUCGGGCUCCUGCCCGAGAAGAUCACAAAAGAGGCUCUGCCAUCGGCCGAGGAGGUCGACAGGCUGCUGAAGAAGAAAAGCUCCCCCACUCUCCACAGGAGGUGCUCCAACAUGGUGUCGUCGCUGACCAAAAGCUGGAAGAAGGUGGAGAAAGAGCAGAAGUUCGGAGAAGAAGGAGCAAGAGCAGGAAGGUCACACACCGGUGGUUUAGAUAAAGAGAAGACUGGAUAUCUUGAGGAGGUCGAUGUUGCUCAAACACACACGGGAAACAUUUUGAAAGAAUCACAGGUAAAAGACGGUGAAGGAGACUUUGAGACAUGGGUGAAGAUUAAAAGACCUUCAGUCCCAAAGUACAAAAACGAAGCUGAAGACGCCAACAAGAUCAAUGCUCUCUCCAAGAAAUACAGCGCCGUGGGAAACCUCAAGAGCCGCUGGCAGAACUGGGCCUCGGAUCACACGGUGACCCAGAGGCUAAACCCCUUCAGCGAGAACUUUGACCACGACUACUCCAUGUCCCUCCGCCUCCAGAAGGGCGAGGAGGGCUACGGACGCCCCAAGGAGGGAACCAAAACAGCGGAGCGCGCCAAACGAGCCGAGCAGCACAUCCACCGCGAGAUCUCUGACAUGUGCUUCGUGAUCCGGACGAUGGCCGACCCGGACCCGGACGGGAAGACCCGCAUCACGUUCGGAGAGCUGUUCGACAGAUACGUGCGGAUCUCCGACAAGGUGGUGGGGAUCCUGAUGAGAGCCAGGAAGCACGGGAAGGUGGCGUUCGAAGGGGAGAUGCUGUGGCAAGGCCAGGAUGAUGGGGUGAUCAUUACGCUGCUGGUGUGA